AUGGCCACCCCUGGAGAAGGCAACCAACCCAGAGAUGAUGGGGCACCCCAGCCAGUGCCACAGCUGCAGCAGCUUGAGCCUCGGGUGGCCCGCAGACGCCUGUCCCAGGCCCGCCAUCGAGCCACCCUGGUAGGGCUCUUCAACAACCUAAGGAAGACAGUUUACUCCCAGUCUGAUCUCACAGCCUCAAAGUGGCAGGUACUGAAUAAGGCGAAGUCUCAUAUUCAGGAACUGGAAGGAAGCUUGGAUAAUUUGCUGAAGCUCAAAGGAUUCUUCAACCUGCAAGACGGAAAUCCGAACACCUUAGAGGAAGUCAAGGAAGAAUAUGCCAGAAUGUACUCUGAUAAUGACAGUGUGUUUCUAAACAGUUUUCUUCAGAACAGCCCCCCUGCAUGGCUGCCCCCUGAGGCUGUUGGGCCGGAUGCUGAAGAAGGAGGAAAUGAUGAAGAGAGAGAGGUAGAGGAAUACCAGGAAGAGGAGGAAGAGGAGGAAGAGGAGAAAAAAGUCGAUCUGUCCCACGCCUCUCCCACUCUGUUGCCGGACCUCAUGGAAUUUGAACGGUACCUCAACUUUUACAAGCAGACCAUGGACCUCCUGACCAUGAACAGCAUCAUCUCUGCACAGGAAGUGACACUCCCCAUUGUCUCUGCGGCCAUCUCCCACCUGUGGCAGACUCUCUCUGAGGAGAAAAAGGCCAGGCUCCUGCAGGUGUGGGAGCAGCAGCACAGCACCUUCUCGGACCUCACCGAGGCCUGCCUAGAGCUGGCCGGUGCCGAGGGCAGCAUGAAGGACAGCGGGGUGGACAGCCAAGGAGCCAGCUGCUCACUGGACUCCACCCCGGAAGAGAUCCUUUUUGAAGAUGCUUUUGAUGUGGCGAGCUUCCUGGACAAGAGUGAGGCCCAGCGUCUGUCUAACAUCAGCGCUGUGUUUGCCAGCUGCAACUCAGAAAACCUAGAGGAGAAAUUUCAGCUCUACAUACAGAUCAUCGAGUUUUUCAAAGGCCUUGGCUGUGUCAACACUCCAUUAAACCAGGAACCAGAUCCUCCCGUGGAUGACGACGUGAUGCUGUUGAAGUGCCUGGAGACUUUCGAUGAUGAAGAUCUGUAA